ACAGGGAGGUGCGCAGGCGCAGUGUGCAUCGGUGGGGGGGCAACAUGGCGUCCAGGUCCAAGCGGCGAGCAGUCGGGAAUGGGGUCCCGCGGCCGCCUGGCGCCCCGGUCCAGCGCCAUGAGCAGGAGGAGGAAGAUGAAGUUGAGGAUGAGGACGAAGAUGAGGAAGACAGCGACGAAGAAGAGGAUGAGGACGACGAGAUCGUUGACGAGGAAGUGAAUAUUGAUUUUGAAGCUUACUCCAUCUCAGAUAAUGAUUAUGACGGAAUUAAGAAAUUACUGCAGCAGCUGUUCCUAAAGGCUCCUGUGAACACGGCAGAGCUAACAGAUCUCUUGAUUCAGCAGAACCAUGUUGGGAGUGUGAUUAAGCAAACAGACAUUUCAGAAGACAGCGAUGAUGAUAUGGAUGAAGAUGAGAUUUUCGGCUUCAUAAGCCUUUUAAAUUUAACCGAGAGAAAGGUCAGUUUCACCCAGAGGCAUUGGAAUGAAUACGUGGACCAAAACCACUUUCAUUUACAGCUUGAUGGAAGUAUCGUGUGCCCUAGUGGUACCCCGUGUGCCGAGCAAAUCAAAGAGCUGGUUCUAAGCUGCUGUGAGAAGAGCUGUGAGAAGAGUGUGGUGGAGCAGCUGGACGCGCUCCUGCAGGACGCCAGCAAGCCCGUGGGCUUCCUCCUGAGCGAGAGGCUCAUGAACGUCCCCCCGCAGGUCGCCCUGCCCAUGCACCAGCAGCUGCAGAAAGAACUCGCGGAGGCACACAAGACCAGUAAGCCGUGCGGGAAGUGCUGCUUCUACCUGCUGAUCAGUAAGACGUUUGUGGAAGCAGGAAAAGGCAGUUCCAAGAAGAAACGGAGCAGCCAAAAGAAAGAAGAGUUAAUGUUUGCAAACGCAGAGGAAGAAUUUUUCUAUGAGAAGGCAGUCCUGAAGUUCAGCUACUCGGUGCAGGAGGACCGCGACACCUGUCUGGGAGGCAGAUGGUCUUUCGAUGACGUUCCCAUGAAGCCCAUGAGGACUGUGAUGGUGAUUCCAGGCGACAAGAUGGACGAGAUCAUGGAUAAACUGAAAGAACAUCUGUCCGUCUAACCCAUUUGCCACGGACAGGGCUGGCUCGUCUUUGGAAAAUGACAGAAAACGCAGUGGCUGUUUACUGAAAACUCGUGACUUUAUUUGAAGUCCUCUACAAAAAGUAGGGUUCUGUUCCAUGUGUCUGGGACACAUUUACACUAUCUGUAUCUUUAAAAAUUUGGGUCAGAUUGUGAAUGGAUGCUUAAAAACCUUUCCAAUAAGAAGAAAAAUAUGGAAUAGUAAUUUAAAGAACUCAAUAAACUCCUCUAUUUUUAUUUUAAGACCACAUACCAGGCGUUACUCCUUCAGCACCGUCCUGCGGGGCGUGGUGCUCGUGGGGCAGGCGCCCCGGGGCCUUGCGCGUGGAGCUUGGUGCAGUCACUGGACCGUGCAUCGCUGUUCGGUGCUCUCGGGGCACUUCUCACCCUCCUUGUUCAUCGUGGAGAUCGGGGCCAGGCGACCCAUCACUUGCUGUAAAAUAUCCUUACUCUCACUAGGAGGCAGAUUACUGAAGUAGUACUGUGGUGCCAGCUGCAUGAAUCUGUUUGUUCAAAACAAAACCAUCAGUGGGGGUGGGGAUGGUGGAGGGCGUGUGGGCGUAGGGACACCUAGCAUUGGGCCUGAGCCCUUCCCAGACUCCCCCGAAGGGAGCACCUGCUGCUACGACUGGCAGAACUCACUCCGCCCCCCCAGAAUAGAGACUUCCUGAUGUGCACGCGGCAGCCCAGCUGGUUUCCAGAGCGAGCAGGCUCCCCGGUAUCAGGCCGCUGCCCUGACCGCGGGCGGCAGCCCACCCUGGCUGUCUCUUCUCCCUCACACGCCCCUCCCCUUCCCCGCUCGACCAGCUCCUCUCACAGAGAGAAGGCCACGCCCGUUCCCCUCAGGGUCCCUGCACCUGCGCAGUGCACGCCAGCGUCUUGUUAAAGACAUGCUGUCCUGUUUCGUAACCUCAAAGGGAGAGGUGUCUGGGAUCAUCGUGGAGUCGACACUUCCAGGCUUACAACUGGAAGUGGAGCAGGAACCGUGUCUGUGUUCACCCCGUACGCACACAUUCCCAAGCAAGCCCUUGCUUCUCCCUCCGACUUACAGCUCGGGCGAGAUCUCGGAGGCGAUCCGGAUGUAGUUGUUCUCGGAUAUGCUGAACUUAUGGAAGAGGACCCACUCGGGCACCUUCUUGGUGAUGGAGUAACCGGACAGGGGGUGCAGCUGCGCCACCUGCUUGUGUGUGAGCAUCAAGUAGUUGCCCGCCCCGUCGACGUCCCGCGCGAUCUAAGGGGCGGCAUUUCAAGGAGAAGGACACGGCGUUAACACAGAGGGAAUGAAGGUCUGCUGAGAAGAAACCCUGAGUAUUUACUACAGAACAGCUUAAAAAUGCAGAAAAUAAGCCACAAGCUUGCUUUGCCCAAAACUCAGACAGUGAUGAUGCUGACCGACCUCCUCAGCGUGAGGGCAGUGUGCUAACUUCCUGUGGUCGUGAACAGAGCCGAGCACAGACCUGCCACACCACGGGCGUGUAUGCGUCACGCUGGGUACGUCAGCUCCCUUAAUCCUCACAGUGACCCUGUGCUGCGGGCAGCGGCUUCUUCCUGACAGACGAGAACUCUAGGAUGAAGUGCCUUUAUCUCCGAGGACUGCGGUAGAGUUUAUGUGGAACUUCCAUAUUUCUCCCUGCUACGAUGUGAAGCCCACGCCUACGCUGUGAUGUGUGUGUGUGAGCCCUCAUUAUGGGGAAGAAAGGAGACAGGGCUUUGAAUUGUGGGGCAUUAAUAUCACUCAUUAAACUGAGCUAAUCUGCAAACAGG